AGCCCAUGAAUGCACCAUGAGCAGAGUGUGACAGAAGAAGCAGGAAGCAGCAGCAGGGAGCGGGCAGUGAGCAGCAGUCUGCCUACGGGUCGUCUUACACUCGGAUACAACUUGACUUUUAGAAACGAAGAGAGCCUAGUUCGACGCGAACAUGUAUUUCCUCGCAGUAUUUGUCCUUUUGGGGACAGGACUGACGGCAAACUGCGCGUUACAUUCCCUCACCUACAUCUACACAGCCUUCUCCAAACCUGUGGAACUCCCGGGCCUCCAUGAGUUCACCGCCAUGGGGCUGCUGGACAACAAGAUGAUCGACUACUUUGACAGCGAUGAUCAAAAGAAAGUUCCCAAACAGGACUUUAUGAAGGAGCAGAUGCCGGUAGAAUACUGGGAGAAAGGCACGCAGUCCCGCCAGAGCAAGCAGCAGUGGUUCAAAGUCAACAUCGACAUCCUGAUGAAACGAAUGAGACAGAAUGACACCGACGUCCACAUUCUGCAGUGGAUGCACGGCUGUCAGGGCGAAAUGCAGCCUGACGGUAAGCUUCAGUACCGCCAUGGGACGGACAUGUACAGCUACGACGGGACCGACUUCCUGUCCUUCGACGACGACCACUCCACCUGGGUGGCCGCAACCGACGCGUCACUGCCGACUAAGAGGAAGUGGGAUGACGUCCAGGUUCUGAAAGAAUACACCAAAGGCUACCUGGAGACUGAGUGCAUGGACUGGUUGAGCAAGUUUGUGGAGUUUGGAAAAAAAAUUGACGCCACUCCUCCAAAGGUGCACGUGUUUUCAAAGAAUGCCAAGUCGGAGAAGAACAUCAUCCUGUCGUGCAUGGCCACCGGUUUCUACCCGAAAGACAUCUUGCUGCAGAUCAAACGGAACGGCCGUAUUCUAACCAAAGAGGACGGAGUGUUUUCAACAGGCACUCGACCAAACGGAGACGAGACCUACCAGAGAACCGACCGAGUGGAGAUUCUGAGGACUGACAUGUCCACCUACACCUGUGAAGUGGAGCAUGUUGCGUCAGGAGUGCAUGUUGAGAAGGAAUGGGAUCAUAAACUUCCUAGCGAUUCAGGAUCCAUCAUUGGCGUAGUGGUAGGGGUGGUGGUGGUGCUCCUGGUCCUGGUCCUGUUGGCGGUGCUCCUGAUUCUCUUCAAAAAAGGAAAGCUCGGGGGAAGCCACAGCAGCGACAGCAGGAGUGAUGGCUCAGGCGAGACACUUAAGACUGUUUCUACCAAAGGCUCAGACCAAUCUGACAGGGACUCUGGCGUCUCCCCUGGUGACACCCCCAGCCCCCAAUCCAGCCUACUAGGGUCGGUGGGAAGUAUCUCGGAUGAAUAAUGAUCAAAUAUUGUUGUUCAACUCAAUCGGCUCUUAUUAGCACUCGGAAGAAAACCACUUUGACAACAAUUCAAAUAAGAUGAUAAAUAACUUAAGGCUGUUUUAAAUUCUCCAGGACUAUAAAGAUGUUUUUAAUUCAGUAUAUCCUCCUGGGACCCAGCCCAUUUGAGCUACUCUAUCAAUCCCUGAUGUACUGUACAGAGGACAUCUAUCAGUCCCUGAUGCACUGUACAGAGGACAUCCUGGUCUUUCCAGUGAUAUGUUAUUGGUUAAAAUUGCAUGCUGGGAAGUUCCUCUUUCUUUUCAUCCAAAAUGGCUGGCAUACCAAAAACAAAAUUGUAUAGAAGCAGGAGAAGUCAAAUAUUGUUGAAUAAUUGUAAUUUUUACCAUGAAAAUCAUAUAUGUUCUUGUUUAUUAACAUGUGAGGAACUAUAUAAUUAGUUCUGAAAGCAAUUAAAUAAUUCAAGUUUUCAAAUAACAGCUCUUUUAUAAAUGUCCAUCCUAGUGGACGUCAGGACCAUCUUCAUGGACUUAAUGACUCAAUAUUGUUGCAGGAGACGGAACUGAAGCAGACAUUUUCUGUACCAGAUAGUUAAGGGAGAUUCAGAUUUUGAGCUCUCAGAUGAUGAGAGAGAUGAGGCUUUCACACCUGGGAUAGAAGAGGGUCAAGAAGAAGGGGGGGAAAGAUGCAGGAGGCUCCAUGAGCGCACAGAUACAGACAGAGAGACAGCUAGGGACGAGCUGGAAAGACAUGGCCCUCUGUGGGCCAAGAGUAGCACGUAUGUGUUAUUGUUGUUUUUAUUUUAAGUGGAGCCAUGAAAAAUGAGAAUUGCCUCAGGAAUGCAAGCUUUGUUUCUAUGAGCAUGGUCAAAUGGAGACCACAUCCAUAAAACUAGUCGAGAUGACCCUACAGCCGACUGGAGUCAAUUAGGUACUUUUCCCACUACAUCGACUACAAAGUCUGGAAAGAUUCACCAAAAACCAAACUAGUUUUUCAGUGACCAAAUAAACAGCAAUGUUCAGAUCAAUUACUUAUUUAUGUUUUAAA